AUGCGAGCCUUAUAUGUUUUUUCUUUACUGAUUAUCGGUGCUGCUGGUGAAUGCAGUUCUGGUCAAACACAAAUCAAUGAAGGAACACGUACAUGUUGUUAUUACGAUACAAAAGGUAUUCCAACUAUUGGUGUUGGCUUUAAUUUACAACGUUCGGAUGCUACUAGCGUUAUGGCUAAAUACAAAUUGAAAUUAACUGAUGUUCUUGCAGACUGUCAAAAGUCAACAAAGAAUGCAUGUCUUACUACAGCUCAAGCAACGGAUAUUUUUAACAACGGUAACUAUCCAGAGGCUAGUAGUUGUGCUUCAACAUAUGCUCCAGGAAUGCCAACAAGUGUUCAUGCAGCUUUGACUGAUAUUGCAUUCGCAGGAUGUGGUACACUCAAUCAAUUCGUUAAAAUGAAAGCAGCAUUAGUUGCAAAACAAUGGAAAACAGCUAGUGAUGAGUUAAAAAGUUCUAAAUGGUGUACAGAUGUGAAAUCAACCCGAUGUGGACUUGAUGUAGCUUGUAUUGCAUCUGGAAAAUAA